UUGUAAUGUGUUAUUAUAGGAGAUUCAAAACAAGAGAUGCUCCAUCAACUAUACUAAAAGGGGCGCCGGAUUUUUGCACUGUUUAUGUGAUUUCUAAAGGAAAGAUUUCAGCCACGAAAGCUGCUUCACGUCUUCCUCCAUUCAUCUCUCCACUUCAUACCCAUAUACCGCCUGAACCAAGUACUGCACCAGCCAAAGUUUCAACCGACAAAAUACUACCAAUCAAAGCAAUGCCAGGGCCACGGAAGUCUGUGGACUUAUCUUUUCCCAGACAAUCCAUGGAGUCGCCUUUCAGUACUUUUUCCAAUGACUCAAACACCAUCAAGUCACCCUUCACUAAUAGAAAAGGCCCGAAUGGUAAACCUUAUGGAGAAUUGCUCCCACCGGAUUUAGACAUUUCUUUUGUCAGCGCUGGUAGACCGAGCGCCGACAAUGUCUUAUUUGACAGUGACAUUGUGGGUGCAAACUCACGGAUUAGCUUCUCAGAAUUAGAAAACCCAGGUUACGAUUCGUAUAAUUUGGGGCGAAAAUCAGUAGAUGUAAUUAGCGCAAAUGAUAUGUCAUACUCCACAUUCGAUAGUCCUAGAACAUCUCUCUCCAACAAUGAAGAUGUUGAAGCAGAGAUGAGAAGGCUAAAGCAGGAACUCACAAAGACAAUGGAAAUGUACAGUACGGCAUGCAAAGAAGCACUUACAGCAAAACAGAAGGCUAUGGAGCUUCAGAAAUGGAAACUAGAGGAGCAACAAAAGAUAGAAGAAGCACGUGUAACAGAAGAAUCGACAACUGGGGUUGCUGAGAAAGAAAAUGCAGCUGAAUCCACUCAGAGAUAUGAUGCCAGAUAUAGAAGGUACACGAUCGAUGAAAUUGAAGAAGCAACAGAAUAUUUCUCAGCUGCUCGUAGGAUAGGAGAAGGAGGUUAUGGUCCGGUUUACAAAUGUCAUCUAGAUCACACACCUGUUGCUGUUAAAGUUCUUCGGCCUGAUGCAGCUCAAGGGAAAUCCCAAUUUCAACAAGAGGUCGAAGUGUUGUGUUGCAUACGUCAUCCUCACAUGGUUCUUCUUCUAGGAGCAUGUCCAGAAUACGGAUGUCUAGUCUACGAAUACAUGUCAAAUGGAAGCUUAGAAGAUUGUCUUUUAAGAAAAAACAAAACCCCACCUCUCUCAUGGCAACAUAGGUUUCGAAUAGCAGCUGAGAUUUGCAGUGGUCUUCUUUUCCUUCAUCAAACAAAACCUGAACCAAUCGUGCAUCGUGACCUAAAACCUGCUAACAUUUUACUUGAUAGAAAUUUCGUAAGCAAAAUAGCUGACGUAGGGUUAGCCAGAUUAGUCCCACCAUCGAUUGCAGAUUCAGUAACUCAAUACCAUAUGACUUCUGCAGCAGGGACGUUUUGUUAUAUAGAUCCUGAGUAUCAGCAAACGGGAAUGCUUGGUGUGAAAUCGGAUGUUUAUUCUUUAGGGGUUAUGCUUUUACAGAUAAUUACAGCUAGACCACCAAUGGGUUUAUCUCAUCAUGUUGAAAGAGCUAUUGAGAAAGGAACUUUUGCUGAGAUAUUGGAUCCAGUAGUGACUGAUUGGCCUGUUGAAGAGGCUCUAGGGUUUGCUAAGUUGUCACUUGGUUGUGUAGAGUUAAGAAGGAAAGACAGGCCAGAUCUUGGUAAGGUUGUCAUGCCUCAUCUCCAAAGACUGAGAUUACUUGCUGAUGAUGACACCAUGUAAAAUUAUGCCAUUUUUUCACUAGUCAAUCAAAGGCAAAGUGUCUUAUGUAAUUAAGUUAGCAUUAUCUUGAUCAAGAAUUCAAGACUAGGUGUAGUUUCGUUGUUCAUAUCCAAUUUAUAUGACUUCUUUGUGAAUUAAUUACCUACAA